AAAGUAAUGUGAAGAGCCUGCGAGAGAAUCGCAGCCUGGACCCCAGCGGGAGCCCCCGCUUCUCGCUGCAACCUGUGCCUAAGAGAGGGGCGUCUUUGCAGCCGCGCCUCCCCACACUCGUCCCGGUGGGUUCGCACUUCACUUUUUGGCUAGUUCACCCGUCCCCCCGCCUUUUUUAAAAUUCCCUCUGAGCCCAUCCACGCUGAGGAAUGAGAUCCGGAUGUACUGCAGCUUCCGCAGGAGGCACCUCGGGUCCCCGCGCCCAGGUACGGCCUCCCCUUUCCGCGAAGAUGGUUGCGCCCACGCCAACCCGGAGGUGCUUGAGGUCCGUCCGGGGUCAUGGAUCCGCAGGGCCGCAGCCCGGGCGGAGCACCGGCGUCCGCCGAGCCUGCCCCGUCCUCGGUGACCCUGGCAGAGCUCCUGCGGCUGGUCCAGAAGGGCCAGGAGCUUCCGGGUCUGGAGAAACGCCACAUCACUGCGACCCGUGGCGAGCCCACGGCGUCGCUGCUCCCGCGGAGGCCCAAGCCCUGGGAGGACGCGGGCUCGGCCGCCUCCUCCCGCACCACCGCCCUAGAUGCCAGGACGCAGCCCCCGACCGCGGAGGAGCCGUCAGGGGCCAGCCCGGAGGCCCAGCUCGGCGGAGGCCCCGGGGAUUCCUGAGAUCCGGAGGCGCGGCUGGAUCCUGCAGCAGCUUGAGGGUCUGGACACCCGCCACCCUGACUCAUGCUUCUGCAUCUGCCCUGACCUGUCUCAGUCGGAACUAGUCUUCCUGGAGCAGUCAGCGUUGCCCAGAGCAGGACAUGACUUCCCGGGUCAGCCUAUCCUGACGAUAAAGUGAACCUGGGAUCCAAAAGGCA